GCGGAAUUAAAGCGCGUGACGACUACCUUGAUACCGGCGAGAUCCGGAUGUGGAGGAGGAUAUUCUGCUUUAGCUUUUCUAUUUCUACUACGCUGCUUGAGAUUUAUGAUUUCUACUUUUUGAGGUCAACGCUGAUCAACGUCCAAGUUAAAUGUGCCUUCUGGAGAUGUGGUCCAGGUCAGCAUCACGGAUUGUCAGACCUCGUCCCAUCCGUACAGUUCUACUGCUGCUGCUCUUCUGCGCUGUGCUGCUGCCCCAUUCUGUCCUCACCGCUGGCCGAGACUAUUAUGAGCUUCUUGGGGUGGGCAGGGAGGCCAGCACCCGGGAGAUCCGACAAGCCUUCAAGAAGCUGGCGCUUACCAUGCACCCUGACAAGAAUCCUGGUGACUCGUUGGCCCACGAAAAGUUCCUGGAAGUGAACCGAGCUUAUGAAGUCCUGAAGGACGAGGAUCUGCGCAAGAAGUAUGACAAGUAUGGUGAGAAAGGGCUGGAUGAGAAACAAGGGGGACGAUACGAGAGCUGGAACUACUACCGCUACGACUUUGGCAUCUACGACGACGACUCGGAGAUCAUCACCCUGGACACUGGAGACUUUGAGGCGGCAGUGAAUUCUGGAGAGAUCUGGUUCAUCAACUUUUAUUCCCCACGCUGUUCACAUUGUCACCAGCUCGCUCCCACAUGGCGGGAGUUCGCCAAGGAGAUGGACGGUGCCAUCCGUAUUGGGGCAGUCAACUGUGGUGACAACAACCACUUGUGCCGCAGGAAAGGCAUCAGCAGCUACCCCAGCCUCUACAUAUUUAGAGCAGGACAUAAACCUGAGAAGUUCCAUGGCGAGCGUGUCAAAGACCAUCUGGUAACCUUCAGCAUGCAGUUCAUCAAGACGAGCGUCAUACAGCUGUGGCAGGGCAAUGUGUUCAAAGAGAUGGAGAGCGCGUUUGCAUCAGGGCUAGGCUGGCUCAUCACCUUCUGUGCAGACAAAGGAGAUUGUCUGGAGCACAGGACUCAACAGAAGCUGGCGUCCAUGCUUGACGGCCUGGUGCGGGUGGGAUGGAUGGACUGCAGCACACAUCCACAGCUCUGUGAAAGUUUCCAGGUAACUACCGGAGCGACUGGCCUGUUCCCGCCAGGAAGUGCUCUAAAUAAAGAAGGCAGUGUGUUGUGGCUCAGCACUCUGGACAGCAGGGAGAUCUACACACAGGUCCUCCAGCACCUGCCCGACUUACCCCAGCUCACUGCAGACAACUUCCAUCUAAAACUGGCCCGGCAUCGCUGGUUGGUCACGUUCACGUUUGGAGACCGCAGCCAAGCUUCCAAUGAGUACAAGAAGCUGCAGGCUUUCCUCCGCGAUGACCACAUCCAGGUGGGCCGGGUGGACUGCCUAGUGGACUCCCAGCUCUGUCAGUCCAUUUACAUCCACAAAGCCUGCGUGGCCGUCUUUAAAGGCCUCGGAGUCCACGACUUUGAGAUCCAUCAUGGUAAGGACGCUGUGUACAACAUCGUAGCUUUUGCCAGGGACAGCGUGCGGGCUCACGUCACCACACUGAGGCCUGACAACUUCCCCUCAGACAAGAAGGAGCCGUGGCUGGUGGACUUCUUCGCCCCUUGGUGUCCUCCAUGUCGAGCUCUGCUUCCCGAAUUGAGGAAAGCUUCCAUCCAGCUGGCGGGACAGAUGAAGUUUGGUACAUUGGACUGCACCAUCCACCAGGACCUUUGCUCCAUGUACAACAUUGAAGCCUAUCCCACUACUGUCAUCUUCAAUGGCUCUUCCGUUCACGAGUAUGAAGGACAACACUCUGCUGACGGAAUCUUGGAGUUUAUCCAGGACCUGGUCAAUCCAUCUGUGGUGGUUCUCGAUCCAUCUACCUUUUCUGACAAAGUGACAGGUUUAGGUGAAGGAGAGCUGUGGGCAAUCGAUUUUUAUGCACCGUGGUGUGGUCCGUGCCAGGCUCUGCUGCCCGAGUGGAGGCGCAUGGCUCGGCUGUUGUCUGGCCUGGUUAUGGUGGGUUCCGUGGACUGUCAGCGUUUCCACUCGUUUUGCCAAGGCCAAAGUGUACGCUCGUACCCUGAAAUCCGCUUGUACUCUGGCGGUGGCAAGACAGCCUAUCGUUUCACAAGUUACAAUGGCUGGCACAGGGACGCACACUCUCUGCGAACGUGGGCCCUCAGCGCGUUGCCCAGAGCGUCGCUGGAUAUGACUCCAAACUCCUUCCGUUCUCUGGUGCUGGAGGCUAAUGACCCUUGGGUGGUGGACUUUUAUGCCCCGUGGUGUGGACCCUGCAAUCACUUUGCCCCUGAGUUUGAAAUUCUGGCUCGGGUCCUUAAAGGGAAAGUACGGGCCGGUAAGAUUGACUGUCAGGCUCAUUAUCAGGCCUGUCAGUCAGCCGGAAUCACUGCCUACCCCACUGUGCGCUUCUACCCAUACCAGGACACUAAUAGGCACCCAAACAGCGGUGAAAACAUCAGCAGUCGCGACGCUAACAUGAUUGCAGACAUCAUCAGGCAGAGACUACAACACUCAUCAUCACGGUUACACAACAAGAGGAAGGAUGAACUCUGAUGGACUUUAUUGGACCAACCCACAAACACAACUGAGGCACAGACAACGCACUGGACUCUGCGUAGUUUUUAUUUGUUAUUUUUUUUAAUGUGGACGUCUCUGUGGUUGGUAUUUACUCUGUGAGAUAAAACUAAGAGACACUGUUACUGACAUACAAACACACGCACAAGUGUACAUGCAAGACACUGUAUAUUCCAAAUUGUACGCAAAUAAAACCAAAAUAUUCCCCAAAUACUCAUGCUGUCAU